CAGCAGAAUCCUCCAGGAGCAAACACUUGUGACUGGUGACAGUGGCGAGGAAAAACUUCCUUGAGUGUAUAUAAAGACUAUAUAUACUCUGAAAUCCAUAUUAUACCAAGAUGAGGAGAGAAAAACUCAUCCGCAGCAGGUGGAGAAGAGGUGGGUAAAGCAAUGGUGGUUGAAACGAAGAGGGAAAAGACGUCAGAGAGCAUCCAAGAAGAAGAAGAAGAAGAAGAAGAAGGGGAAGUGGACUCCACCCACAGAGGCCAUGUUAGAGGAAAAUGAAGAUCUGCAUCAUAAUGGAGUACUGACUGGGACGCACGUACAGGAGGACUCUGUGUUCCAUGCGUACACAGGUGUCCCCUACGUCCCUACUCCAUCUCCUGCUCCUCCUCCCCUUCAUCGUCUCAGCCCGUUGCCCAAAGUAGAAGAGGAGGAGGUGGACAUCAAUGUCUGCAGGAUAAUGGAGGACAGAAUAGGAUGGGAGCAGGAGGACAAGGUGAAGGGGGAGGAGCUGUUAUACACAGAGGUCAUGUGGGAGCAGGAGAGGUUCUACGACAUUGAAGUUCAGCUGCAGGAGUCCGACGAGGAGACGGAUACAUGUCCCUCCGACUGCGACGAUAAGGAUGGACAGGCCGUGACCUCUGACCUCGAAUAUGAACCACCAGAGAGCAUCUCAUUGUGGUCGAGCUCCCUCAGCCCAUUAGGAGAUGAUUCCAGUGAUGAUGUCACAUGUGGGCGGGGCUGGUUGCAGCUGCUGAAGGCGUUGUGGACGACGAUGCUGCCGGCUCAGUGGGUGGUGGUUGUGGCUGAAGGACCAGAGCUACAGCUGCUGCAGUGCUCCAGGCUGUCCUUAAUGACCAACACCAUCGUCCACAUCCAGUCCGACCUCAGCUUCUUCAUCACGGUCGAGGGGCGACGACUCCCCGACACACACAUGCUGUAUCAGACGCACAAAUGGACCAUCACACACAUCCACCAGCUGGUGUCUCUGCUGUUACACCUGGAGGGUCUGGUGGUGUGUUCAGGAUCCUCGCCUACCUGUCACCUGCUGCUGACUCCGCCCUGCCUCACCUGUGUGCCCUGUCUGUUCCAAGACGCCGAAGACAACGCAAGUACAGAUGAGGGGCAAGACGACAACUCUUCUCUCAUCUGACCUUUGACCUGACUUAAAUCUAAACACACAUAUACCUCAUUUAGUCUUAAUGAACAGUUUUGUUGGUUUUUAGCCAAACAGAAGCAGAUAAUUCACAUCUGUAGUUAAUUUUUAUUUGGUUUCCAUCUUUAGUACAGUGAUGUUCUUAAAGGGAUAUACCAAAAAAAAAAUAUAUAUAUGUAUUUUUUUUUAAAAGUCCAUAAACAAACAAUUUCAUUUCAUCCUUCAAGUUACACUAAGAAAACAGUUCUGGGAGCUGGUUCUGGUUCCAUGUUUGGUGCUAAAGAAUAGAAAACCCUCUCUGUCUACUUAAUCCAGGGCUGUCAAAGUCAUUUUAGUUCAGGAACCACAUUCAGACCAAUAUGAUCUCAACUGGGCUGGACCAGUAAAAUAAUAACAGUAAAAAAGUAAAUUUAUAUUAUGAAAAUGUUUUCAUCAACAGUGUUUUCUUAAAAAUCUGAAUAACAUGAACAACCUGAAAUGUCUUAAGAAACAUUAGUUCAAUUUUGAUAAUAUUGAGCCUCAGUUUAUCAUUUACACGUUUAUUAUAACUUACAGAUCACAGUGGAUCUACAAAUACACCAAACAUUUAAUAACAGGCAGAAUAUUGU